AUGGACCACAUCCGCGACCACACUUAUGGAAUGCGCAUUGGACAUGCUUUCAACAAUGAAGCUGUCUUGACUGGAGACAUGUUGGACCAGGCCUAUCAGGAGGGGAGGCGCAUUGCACUUGCUCUGAGGCAUGAAAUUGAUUAUGCUGAAGACGUGGACGAGCACUUACUGGACGAGGCCUACCAGGAGGGGAGGGUCAUAGCACUCCAUGUGAAGCACGAUGCUGUCCCAACUGAAGCCAGGUCACAUGCCCUGGUACGGAGGACUCCCAGGCCACGACUACUGCAGGGAAUUCCCAGCCAAGAGUACCGAAACAUGGAGAGGCUGUCAAUGACUUCUGGGUCAUUCCAUACUGAUGUGCCUGCUGUGCCUCUGCAAAGCUCCUCGUCUUGGUCCUUGCGUCAGCUGACAGCCCAAGAACAGUGGAAGGAAGCUCGGCCAGACCACCUGCAAUAUCUACUGGCAACUGAGGCUGUUGGCCAGGAGUUGUGCUCUAUCUGCCAUCAGGCUGCUGUUAUAAGGUGCAGAGACUGCCUUCCCGAGGAGUGGUUGUGUGAGGCCUGUGAUGUGUUGCACCAUAAAAGAUGGCCACUCCACAACAGAGACAGCGUGGUGGAUGGCUUCCUCAAGGCCAUCCCACCAUCCACAUGCUAUACUAAAGGGGAAACUGGACACUACAUCUCACACAAGCAAGCUUCCAUUUUACCCACAGUGCGCGCACCACAGCUAUGCUCAUGUGAAGUUGCUGACGUCACUAUGUCUCCAGGCAGAGAAGUCAUCCUUAUCACCAUAAACGGUAAAGAGUUGUCCUUUUAUACUUCAUAUCUGUUAGCAUAA